AUGGCAAGCCCCAUGGAAAUUGCCAUCACUCACUACGAGGCUUUAAAAAAAUAUCUUUUUAGACAUCUUGCCCGGGAGCAAGCAAAUGGCUCAAGAACGAAUGCCAGAGAAAAGUUAACAAGACUUACGAAAGUACAAUUUCAAGAACUUUCCACAGAUGUCUAUGACGAAUUAACUAGAAGAUUAAUGGAUACGAAUGAAGUUCCAUUUCUUCCCGUACGUGAUGAAUUCCAUCCAAAGAGAAAUCAAGCACGACAAAAAUUAGCUACAUUACCUCAGAAUCGAUUUAAAGAUUUAGCAAGUGAUGUUUAUUAUGAAUUAGAACGUAGAUAUCCUGAACUCAAAGAUAUGGAGUUCUCAUCAACACCAGCAUCAUCAAGAUCGAAUAAUUCAUCGCCUCAACCACAAAAUCCUCAACAAAAUCCUCAACAAAACAAAAUACCAUCUGACGGAGUCAAAUCUCAAACGUCAAGAGCUAAUAACAUCGUACCAGAAAUUAGUACUUUAGUACAAGAAACUAUUUCUGUAGAUUAUCAUGUUCAAAAACAACCGGAAAUGCAAAAAAUCAAUAAUAAUGAUUCCGAAGUCACAAGCCCACAAUCUUAUACUUCUUCAUCUCCAACAAAUAAUAACAAUACUAAUAAUUAUCCUCCCGUACCUGAGGGUAUGCCACCAGAGUAUGGUUCUCCACGAUCUCCGCGUAGUCGUACCCAAUCUUCUGCUUCAUCCGUGUCUGAUUUUGGACGCCGCUAUGCAAAUGGAAUGAGCGUUAGUAGUAUGAGCAGCAUGUCAAGUAAAAAUACACAAAAUAGAGAUACUGUCAACAGUCAAAAAAGUAAUAAACCCCCUGAUGCUGCUGUCAAUUUUGCUUCUCUUGACAGUUUGAUGGCUGAUUUGGGUGAUAUGAUUGAUAAAAAGGCAAGCGGAAGUGCAAGCUCCUCUCCAAAACAAACUCAAGUACAGACUUUUCCUUAUGCUGAAGUUGAAAAAGUUAAAUCAGAUUACGAGUUACGUGUGGCUAAUCUUCAAAAACGAAUAAAAGAAUUGGAAAAUGAACUUUCGACAAAAGAAGCUGGCACUGAUGAUGAUAGUGCUAGAGUAAAAGAACUUGAAAAGCAACUUGAAGAACAAAAGCAAAUUAACAAGAAGCAAACAACAAAGAUGACUGAAUUAGAACGUGAAUUUGAUAAAUUAACCGAAGACCAUCAUCAACAGCAAGAGGUCGCUAAUGACGUUCAAAAGGAGGCAACUGGUUUAUUAGAAGAAAUUAAAGAAAUUUCGAAGCGAAAUGAAGAAUUGUGUGCUGAAAAGGAAGAAGAUGCUGCAAAAAUCAAGUCUUUGACGGGAGAAAUAAAUGAUUGGAAAAAUAAAUAUGAAAAGAUAAGGACUGAAUUAAGGAAUUUGAAAGCAACUUCAUCUUUCUACAAAGAAGCGCCUAAAGUUGAUAUUGUGAAGGAUAAUUCAUUAGCCCCAACACCUGAUGGUGGGAUCGAGGAAUCUAGAAUUGUUUCUUAUCAAGUUGCAAUAGAUGACUUGUUAAGAUCUGGAAGAUCCGAUGAUCCAACAAAUGUUCUUAUGGCUAUGAAGUCAAUUGUUAUUGCUUGUAAGAGUAUAACUGAAGAGGUUGAUAAUUACGAGCAACGCAAAAGUGCAUACAUGAAUGCAGAAGAUAAAUCUAAUCUUGAUGCUUGUAAAGCGAGGCUUUCGGUGACACUUAAGAAUCUUAUGACAUCCGCCAAAAAUCAUGCAACUGGAUAUGGUAUAUCACCAGUUAGUUUAUUGGAUGCCUCAGCGGGUCAUCUGACUGCAACUAUUGUCGAUUUGGUGAAAGCGGUUAAACUUAGACGUGAGCGUGGUCAGAACAAUAAUCUUAACCCAGAUUCUUAUCCUUUUAAAAUUCCGUCAGAACCUUUGCCUACAAAUAAUUUUAGUUCCGAAAUAGCACCUCUUAGAACCAAAAAUAGUCAGAAUGAAAUGAAUUCUGGCUCAGAUAAUCAAGUGAAUGGAGUUAAAGCAGUAGAUAUUGACGAGUUAAAGGAUUUCUUGGAACGUCAAACAGAAGCCAUCGUACAUGCAAUUCAUACUCUCUUACAGGCUAUCCGCGGUGGUGCAACAUAUAGUACAAGUAACGAUUUAACUGACAAUAUCAACACAAUUACAUCAAUAGUGCUGACGGUUAUUAAAGUUUGUCAAGAUUCAUUUAAAUCGUCAGCUGGAGCAAUAUAUCGAACAAGGGGUGAUAUUAUACUGAAAGAAUUGGAAAAUAAUGUUGAUAAAUUAGAAGAAAUGAAUGAUUUAAUAGCCAAAGAUAGUACGGACUUUAUGUCAAAUAAGACUUCAAAACAGCGAUUGGCAGGUGCUUCAUUUGAAAUAGCUAAAUUUACAAAGGAACUUGUUGGUUUAGUUAAAAAAGAUGAUUAA